UUGUCUAACAGGAGAGCGGGCUAUUUGCAAAAUAAAGAUAGCUACUGUUAAGCUUGUAGCCGCUAUGUGGGCUGACACAUGUGCAGGGUGAUCUGAAGGGGAAGCAGCGCUGAAAUGUGAGGGUGUUACCGGCGGCGCUCCUCCGUGUUUGUGCUCCCGGACAGUUCGGCUUCUCGGCGGUCGGAUGCUGGAAGUCCUCGCCGAUAAAGGGCGCACGUACUGGGCUCGGAGAGAAAGGAGAAGGGACGCGGAAGGAAGGAACUAGGGAAGGAUAGGGGAGCAUUUUAAUACCAAAUCGGGACACAUGUUGAGCUAACGCCCCCCUCCUCCCCUCCUCCUCUUCUCCUCGCAAAUGCAUUUGUUGCCUCAAUCGCCUUCCCGUUACUAAUUACUGCGAGUGAGGAAAAGCUGAUCUCCUCUCCGGCUCCGUGGAUCCUCACCGCUUUUUUGGGGGGGGGCUGACCAUCAUGGAUCCCACUAAAAUUGCUGUCAGCAUCAAUAAGGCCAUCAACACACAGGAGGUCGCUGUCAAAGAGAAGCAUGCCAGGACCUGCAUCUUGGGCACCCAUCAUGAGAAAGGCGCCCAUACUUUCUGGGCGGCGGUCAACCGGCUUCCUCUCUCCAGCAACGCGGUGCUCUGCUGGAAGUUCUGCCACGUCUUCCACAAGAUACUGCGAGACGGACAUCCAAACGUGAUAAAGGACUCCAUGAGGAACAAGGCUGAUUUAACGGAUAUGAGCAGGAUGUGGGGCCACCUGAGUGAAGGCUAUGGGAAGCUGUGCAGCAUCUACCUCAAACUGCUCAUCACCAAAAUGGAGUUUCACAUCAAAAACCCUCGUUUCCCCGGCAACCUGCAGAUGUCAAACAGACAGCUUGACGAGGCGGGAGAGAAUGACGUUAACAACUUCUUCCAGUUGACAGUAGAGAUGUUUGACUACCUGGAGUGUGAACUCAACCUCUUCUUGGGUGUAUUCAGCUCUCUCGACAUGUCUCGGUCGGUGUCGGUGACGGCAGCGGGCCAGUGUCGUCUUGCCCCCCUCAUCCAAGUCAUCCUGGACAGCAGCCACCUGUAUGACUACACCGUCAAGCUGCUGUUUAAGCUGCACUCAUGCCUUCCAGCAGACACUCUCCAGGGCCACAGAGAUCGCUUCCAGGAACAGUUUAAGAAGUUAAAGAGUCUGUUUUAUCGCUCCAGUAACUUGCAGUACUUCAAGAGGCUGAUUCAGAUCCCACAAUUGCCUGAGAAUCCUCCUAACUUCCUGCGUGCUUCGGCUCUAUCGGAGCACAUCAGCCCUGUGGUCGUGAUCCCGGCCGAGUCGUCGUCCCCUGAGUCAGAGCACCUGGUGGAAACAGACGACCUGGUGGACACUGAUGUCCCCACACUGCCGGCUGCUGUGGAGACAAAGUUUGACGACCUGUUUGGCACCUCAGCUGCUAUCGACCCAUUCAACUUCAACAGUCAGAACGGCAUGCGCAAGGACGACAAAGACCGUCUGAUUGAACAGCUGACCAGGGAGAUCCAGGCCCUAAAAGAAGAGUUGGAGUCUUUCAGGCUGGAGAGUGGUCGGUUGUGUCAGGCGCUGCGGGGGCGUGUCAGUGAGUUGGAGGCGGAGCUAGCAGAGCAGAGCCACCUGAGGCUGCAGGCCGCAGGGGAGAGCGAGUUCCUGAGAGCAGAGCUGGAUGACGUGCGGAGGGUCCGAGAGGACACGGAGAAGGAGCAACGGAGCCUGACGGAAAUAGAGAAAAAAGCUCAGGCCAAUGAGCAACGCUACACCAAACUGAAGGAGAAGUACACAGAGCUGGUUCAGAGUCACGCAGACCUGCUGAGGAAGAACGCAGAGGUGACCCGGCAGAUGACGGUGGCCAGGGCAGCACAGGAUGAAGUGGACGAAGUGAAGAAAGAGAUGCACGAGAAGGUGAAGGCCGCCCAGGAGACAGCCGGCAGACAGGAGAGGGAUCAGCUGCAGCAGCUUCAAGAGCUCCAGAGAGAGCUGGUGUCCAGCAGGGCAGACCUGGACUCCUUGAAGACCACCAUGGCCUCAUCACAAGAGUCUAGUGAGGUGCUCAGCACUCAGAUCACCGCCCUGGAGUCUGAGAAGGCGGAGCUCGUCCAGUCUUUGUCCAAGGUGGAGUCGGAGCUGGCUGUUCAGGGGGAGGAGCUAGAGCGAGUCCAAAGCUCAUUGGCCACCGAAAGGGAGAGCGGGGUGAAGUCAGCAGAAUCCCUGCAGAAUCAGCUUAAUGAGAAGGAGAGCAGGGAGCAGGCGUUGGAGAGCCAGCUGGUCGCAGCUCGCUGGUCUAGUCUGCAGGGUGCCGUGGAAGAGGCAGAGAGGAUCAUCCAGGACUCGCUGGCGCAGAUAGACAACCCAGAACACAUCAGCUGCACCAGCUCUGCAGACUACCUAGCAGCCAGGUGUAAGGCCUCUUUGGACUGUAUGGACCGGCUCCAUUCUGCCAGCGAGGCCUUCUUGGCUGACAGCACAGGUGUGUCUGAUCUUGUACGAGUGGUGACCCAGUGUGGCCACCUGGUGGGUGACACCAUCGUUCAGGGUAGUGCCACCUCUCACAUGGUGCCUGUGGAUCAAGCUGAUGCUCUGUCAGAGUGUGUGAAGACAUGUGGGGCCGAGGCUCUGGCUCUGCUGGGCCAGAUGAAGGGGCAGGACAGCCUGGCCACAGCAGACAGCUGCAAGCUGAAGGCAGCUCUGGAGGCCAUCCUGUCCACUGCAGAGAAACUGCGUCCUCGGGGUUUGGAGCUUCAGCAGGGAGAGCUGGGAGAUCUAGUGGAGCAGGAAAUGGCUGCCACGUCUGCUGCUGUGGAAUCAGCUGCCGCCAGGAUAGAGGAAAUGCUCAAUAAGUCUCGAGCCGUUGAUACAGGAAUCAAGAUGGAGGUCAAUGAGAGGAUCUUGGCCUCCUGCACUGAGCUGAUGCAGGCGAUCAAACAGCUUAUUCUGUCUUCCAAAGAUCUGCAAAGGGACAUUGUGGAGAGCGGUCGGGGGGCAGCCUCCAUGAAGGAAUUUUAUGCCAAGAACUCCCGCUGGACUGAGGGCCUGAUUUCUGCCUCCAAAGCAGUGGGUUGGGGCGCCACGGUCAUGGUGGAUGCUGCUGAUAUGGUGGUGCAGGGCAAAGGGAAGUUCGAGGAGUUGAUGGUGUGUUCGCACGAGAUAGCUGCCAGCACAGCACAGCUCGUUGCUGCUUCAAAGGUAAAAGCAGACAAAGACAGUGGCAACCUGCAUCGUCUGCAGCAGGCGUCACGAGGCGUCACUCAGGCCACCGCAGCUGUCGUGGCCUCCACCAAGUCUGGAAAAUCCCAGAUUGAAGAGAAAGAUACGAUGGACUUCUCCAGCAUGACUCUCACCCAGAUCAAACGACAAGAGAUGGACGCCCAGGUCCUGGUUUUGGAGCUGGAGACACGUCUGCAGAAGGAGCGAGAGCGUCUUGGUGAGCUGAGGAAGAAGCAUUACGAGCUGGCUGGCGUAGCAGAGGGCUGGGGCGAGGAAGAGGAGGGCACAGGUUGAAAGCAGUCAUCCCUCUCACCUACCAGAAGACCAGCUUCUGUCUGCCUCUUUCUAUUUAUACACACACUUUUCAGUCUCUUUCUCCCUUCUUUUUUUUCUCUUUUUUGUUUGUUUGUUAUCCAAGCCAAAUGAAAAGGUGCUUCUUUUCUAAACCUGCUUCCCCACCUGUGUCUGGAAGCUUCCAUAAGGACAGUACCAAGGGCUCAGCAACAGGGGGCGUUGGAGGGAGGAAGCAAUGGAUUUUCAGGAGUCAGGAGGGAAAACGUCCCCCACUGCCUCUCCCCCAGGACGGUGUUGGUAAAAAGCGGGCAUGAGCUUGAUCCGUUCUACCAAUUAUUUAUUGUGUUUUUCUUCCCUGGUUCCCAUUUUUAACACGGAGGAGGCUCAGCAGAGACGCAACGAGCACAAGUUCUACUCAAGACAUCCCAGGAUGCACUGCACAGGGGCCGAACUCUCAGCAGCAAGAGGGGAAAUCAGUGAAUGUCUGCCGCGCCCCACCCCCCCACCUCUGCCCCCAAAAACCAUGUCUCUGUGUAACAAAGAUGGCAUGCAUGCUCUCCUACUAAAAACAAGUGUUUUUGUUCUUCGUUGUGAGCUUAUAAAGCCAAGCUGCUCUUUAUCUGUCGGUGCAGUUUGACGUCCUCGCUAGUUUCUUCUUCUUCUUUUUCUCACUGUGAGUUAUCACCUAUUAAGUCCACGCCACUCCACUGACUGGUUCACUGGACUUUCUGCCUUUCGCCUCCUCACCAUUGUAACGACCGUGACUGUUAACUUGCAUGGAAACUCUUAAAACCACUCUUAACUGUCAGCGUGAAGACGACUCUGGGUGUAGUUUCAAAAUGGGGAAGUAGCACAGUUUGUUUUUUUCCUAACAGUCCUCUCUCUGUGGGCUUAGAGACAGCUGACUACCUCAUGCUAUAUCUUCAAAGGUCAGAGGUGGCAGUGCAUCACAGGGAGGUCGGAUGAGUAGACACGGGGUCAAUUUUGGGACAUUUCCCCCUUUUUGACGGUCACUAAAGAUGGUAGGAGAAGAUCUUCUUUUUAUAUAGAAAAAGCUGAAACACUUUGGGACCUGCUCCCUUUUCUGCUCAGUAAUAACAGUUUUUUUCUUUUUCUCAAUGACAACUAUUCAAGUCCGACAACAAACAUAAAGUUGAAGGUAUUGGUGCAUAUUUUUAGAUACAUUAGCGGCGGCAGCUUUGGAGGUGGAUCCAGUCACAUAAUGAACUGCUACGUAACAGCAUUGCCUUCGACAGACAGGUUCCUGGAGAACAGCAGGAACAACCGUGCUCCUGGUGUAUUUCAGGAGACAGGACUGCCCGCUAAGUCAGAUAUAACAACAGAAGAAACACAAGAAAAUCUUAAAACGUUGGAUCUCUUUAAAAACACACUUCAUGUGAGUUUUGAGGAGCUCUAAGGCCAUCCAACAGCACACUUUUACUCAUGAAAUGUCUAAAGAUUUAUCUGGUUUAUCACAUGAUCCUGCAUCUUCAAGUACCCCGCGGGACUGAUGUUGGACUGCUGUUUUGUAAAUCCUUAAUUAACUAACAGUCUGUAUCUGCAGGAUCACAAUGGACUUUCAUAAAAUGAUAAAAAUGCAGCACACAGACUGCAGCGUUUUCAAUCGCUUCCUGAAGACCACAUAGCUGUGUAUAUAACAUACAAGCCUUCUACUGUCAGUAAUCGUCUUUUGCUUUCAUCUAAUCUGAAAAAGCAUUCAGCUGCAUCAAUGUUUGAAUCUCUACUAGUAAGGAUUCAGUUUAAUUGAAUUAGGGAUACAAAAUGGUGCAAAUGAAAGCCACCCAUAACUAAUAUAAGUUGUUAUUGUAUUCCAUAAGUGGUUAUUUAACAGAUUUUCCUACUGAGGCUCACAACUUGCUGCCAGUGGACUUUGUGAGAAGACUGAUCAUGCCUUUGGUUUACCAUGAGAUGAGUGGACAUCCGUUCUGAACCCGACACCUUUACGCUUUCUUUCUGUUCAAAGACAAUUAAGUGAUGAUGUUUCUUUUGGAGUUCGUCUUUCUCCGUGUCUUAACAUGCUUAGUUUCGAUGCUCAGCUUCAGCUGUGUCUCUUAAAAUAAAAAACAGAGUUGUGACACUGGUUAUUUAACAGACGUUGGUCAAAUAGUAUUUGCCAAUAAUUCUUUUAAAUGUGUUUUUUAACCACUUGGUGCAACAGAUGGGCGAGUCGCAAGACAGUAAAGUAGUUAAAGUUUAUUACUAAAUUGAGCUAAGACACCACCCAUCUGCUGCUCCAGACAGGUUACAGCAAGUAUUAUUUGCAGUACUGUUGGCACCAGGUCUUGUAUUUAAUAAUGAUUUUAGCUGUGUUGUGUCACUUCUUCCAUGCCUGGGCAAGACGGUAGCUGAUUUCAUUAGAAUAAAUUUGAAAGGAGGCUACGUCCUCUCUUUGUGCUGUUUCAUUCAAGUGUCUUGAAAGAUGAAUUGAAUGCACCUUGAGUGAUGAUUGGUUGUAUUUUUGCCCAAAUAUUCUUUAUUAAUCUCUCUUUCUUUCUCAAUCUCUCUCUCUCUUUUUCUCUCUCUCUCACUCUCUCUCUCUUGCUCGGGUCUGUGUCUGUAGUCCUACCAGCUCAGCCAGCCUUUCAAACUGCCUCACACUGUAGUCAAAGAGAAACAAAUACUCACAUAGCAACAUUGAAACAUGUCUUUGUAUGAUAUACUAAAACUAUGUUGGUGGGUUUGUUUUUAUUUUUUCAGUUUUUAAAAUAAAUAUGCCAACUCGUUAAUACAG